AUGGAAGAGGUUGUAGUUUUUAUUGUCGGUGCCGGGCCAGCGGGCCUUGCAACAGCAGCGUGCCUCAACCAAUUCUCCAUCCCUUAUGUCAUCGUCGAGUGUGAGAAUUGUAGUGCGUCACUUUGGCGCAACCGUGCAUAUGAUCGUCUCAAGUUACAUCUUGCCAAGGAGUUCUGUAGCAUCUACUCUGGAAGGAAUGUGUUGGUUGUUGGAUCUGGAAACUCUGGGAUGGAGAUUGCUUACGACCUUGCGACUCAUGGUGCCAACAGUUCUCUUGUUAUACGAAGUCCGAUUCAUGUAAUGACAAAGGAAUUAAUCCGGUUAGGGAUGAGACUGCUUCGUCAUCUUCCUCCGAAGUUGGUGGAUCAUCUCCUUGUGAUGAUGGCAGAUUUCGUAUUCGGAGACUUAUCCAAACAUGGCAUCACGAGACCAAAGAAAGGUCCAUUAGUCCUGAAGUCCGAAACUGGUCAAUCUGCUGUAAUUGAUGUUGGCACGGUUGGGUUAAUCAAGAAAGGCACAAUCAAAGUGCAAGGAGGGGUUACUAAGAUCAAGGGCAAAACCAUAGAAUUUCAAGGUGGGAAUGAAGCCUCCUUUGAUGCAAUCGUGUUUGCAACGGGAUACAAAAGCACGGCGAACAUGUGGCUCAAGAAUGGUGAGAGCAUGUUGAAUAACGAUGGAUUGCCAAAUAAGGAAUUCCCAAAUCAUUGGAAAGGUGAAAAUGGGCUCUACUGUGCUGGUUUGGCAAGGAGGGGAUUGGCUGGUAUUGCUAUAGAUGCCAAGAACAUCGCUAAUGACAUCAAGUCUAAGAUAGACGUUAUGAGGUCGAUCUGA